CAAUAGUUGUGUGGUGUAUUCGGUAGAACUCGUCAAAAAUGGCUUUGUAUUAUGUAAAUGCAUUUUCAAAGCGUUUUGCAUCCGUUGGACUUCAGCUGGCCAAGGCGGCCACAACACCAAGUGCUGGAGCUGGACAAGCUGCUUUGAACAGGCAACAGAAACGUGGUGCUGCAAAAUGGUAUCCCGAUCCCGAAUUUCUAAAGCAAUUCGACGGCCCCGUCAUGUACCCAGAUGACAUAACCUCUCAAUGGAAACUACCACCAUGGAAUCAUCAAGUUACACCGGUGGAAAAGUCCAUUCGCAAUUUGACAUUGAAUUUUGGUCCCCAGCAUCCAGCUGCUCACGGUGUGUUGCGUUUGGUCAUGCAAUUGGACGGUGAGACGGUUGUGCACUGUGAUCCCCACAUCGGCCUUUUGCACCGUGGUACCGAAAAGUUGAUUGAAUACAAAACAUACACCCAAGCUUUGCCGUAUUUCGAUCGUUUGGACUACGUAUCGAUGAUGUGCAACGAACAGUGCUACUCGCUGGCUGUGGAAAAAUUGCUGAACAUCGAAGUGCCGCUUCGUGCCAAGUAUAUCCGUACCUUGUUUGCCGAAAUUACGCGUAUUCUGAAUCACAUCAUGGCUGUGGGUACCCAUGCCCUGGAUGUGGGUGCUUUGACACCUUUCUUCUGGCUCUUCGAGGAGCGUGAGAAAAUGAUGGAGUUCUAUGAACGUGUAUCGGGUGCCCGUAUGCAUGCCGCCUACAUUCGUCCCGGCGGUGUCUCCCUGGAUUUGCCAAUGGGUCUAAUGGAUGAUAUUUACGAGUUCGCCAGUAAAUUCUCCGAACGUUUGGAUGAAGUUGAAGAUGUGUUGACCACCAAUCGCAUCUGGGUGCAACGUACCCAGGACAUUGGUGUCGUUACCGCCGAAGAGGCCUUGAACUAUGGUUUCAGUGGUGUGAUGUUGCGUGGCUCCGGCAUCAAGUGGGAUUUGAGAAAACAACAACCCUAUGAUGCCUACGAUUUGGUCGAAUUCGAUGUGCCCAUCGGCACCAAGGGUGAUUGUUACGAUCGUUAUUUGUGCCGUGUCGAAGAAAUGCGUCAAUCCUUGCGCAUCAUCGAUCAGUGCUUGAACCAAAUGCCAGCCGGUGAAAUCAAGACAGACGACAACAAGGUGACACCACCCAGCCGUGCUGAAAUGAAACAAUCCAUGGAAGCUCUCAUCCAUCACUUCAAAUUGUUUACACAAGGCUAUCAGGUGCCACCUGGUGCCACUUACACAGCCAUUGAAGCUCCUAAGGGUGAGUUUGGUGUCUACCUGGUAUCGGAUGGUUCCAGCCGCCCAUAUCGUUGCAAAAUCAAGGCUCCCGGAUUUGCCCAUUUGGCUGCCUUGAAUCAUGUCGGUCGUCAACAUAUGUUGGCCGAUAUUGUCGCCAUCAUUGGAACCUUGGAUGUUGUGUUCGGUGAAAUCGAUCGAUAAAUUAAUUGUUCUAUUAUAGGU